AUGACGAUGAUCCGCGUGAACUGCUAUGCGCAGGCUGUUAAGGAGGCACCACGCUCAUCAACAUUGCUGUCAAGAUCAACUGUAAUGAAAGCUGGUCCACAACAAGUCCUGUAUUCACUGUUUAAAAUUCCUGAAACACGCACGUAUGAGCCAAGUUCUAUGGACUGGAAAAAGGUAGUAAAGAAACUGCAAACAAUCAAUUAUACAGCUGCAUCAAACAAUCACGAAAGGCCUAAGGAUGGGGAUGGCUAUCGUGAGCUCCGUGGUGUUGCUGCAAGGCAUUACAAUAAAAUGAAAGAAUACUAUCAGAAAGCUACCUUUGCAUAUUCGAAGGGUGACAUGUCAUAUGCUUCUUACCUUGCUGAGGAGGGGAAACAUUAUCGAGAACUGGGUCGCAUAGAAGACGAGAAGGCCAACAGGAAUAUAUUUGAAGCCAGAAAUAAGCAUAUAACGAACACAGUAACCAUCGACUUGCAUGGCCAACAUGUCCAACAUGCUAUGAACCUUCUCAAAAUUCACAUGAUGAUUUGUAUUUGCAUUCCAACUGUCUUAUUGAGGGUAAUUACCGGUUGUGGUUCAGAAGGUACAAGGAAGGGAAAAAUAAAGCGCUCGAGUACUGAGCAGUUUAUCAAAAUGAUACUCAUAACUGUUGCAAAUUAUUCAGAAUACUGA